UUAAAGUAGUACCCUCCCGUAAAUCGACAAAUAAUGAUACUUCCAAUAAAUCUGUGCUAGUGCUAAGCAGUUCUGAGCUCAAUAAAAUAAAAGCCCAUAUGCAAUGGGCGCAUAAAGGCAUCGAAGAAGCGGAGAAAGAAAAAGCGAAAAAAGACAAAAUGAAGGCGAUAUCUAAGGCUUUGGCAGAAGAAUGGCCUAAUCCCUUGAAGAUUGCAGAAGAAAAAAAGCUUGAGCAGAGGAAAGAAGCAGAAGAAGCAAAGGAAAAACAUUAUCUGGAAAUACUCAAAGAUAAAGCAGAAGAAAGAAAGAAAUAUUUGAAAGAAUGUAAGAAAAAACUAUUUUUUAAUAAUGACAUUAUAAAGACACUUCACGGAGCCCUCCUUCUUUCAGAGGUACUGCGAGAACGGGAUGCCCAAGUAAAGUUCAACAAGCAGUUGAAGGAAGAUGAAGCACAAAGAGAAACUGUUUAUGCUGCUAAAAUUAAAGAAGAUGCCGAAUUAUUACAUCGAGAAAAGUUAGAUGAAAUUGCAAAGAAGAUAUGCAAGUGUAGAAAAUAUAAAAGGGAAAUAAAGCAACAAAUUGAAGAAAAUGAACAAAGAAGAGAAGAAGACCAGAUAGGAGAGAAGGAAGAGUUAAAAGCUAUAAUCAGAGAUGUUCAGAUUGCAGAAGCUAAACAUAAAGAACAGGUUCUCAAGAAGAAGAAUGACACUAGAAAGUUUUAUAAAGAUGCUUUAGAACAAGAUAGGCAAGUGAAAGAGAAACUGCGAAAAGAUGAAGAAGAUGAAGAAAGGCUAAUGGAAAUAUGUGCAGCUGUGAGGCAAAAGAUGGCAAGACUGGGAAAAGACAGUAUAAAAGCGUUAAAGGAUGAGGCAGUAAAAAGGAGAAUUUUACUGGCUGAAAUUGUUGCAACAACACAGGAUUCCAUUCUUGCAGCAGAGCAAGAAUGCCUUAAUAGAGCAAUUGUAGAGAAAGAAGCAAGAGCAGAAGAAGCUAGAGAGAAAGAAGCUGCAUACAGGAGAAGACUUGUUGAGGAAAUUAAAGCAGCAAGGAAAGAUCUGUUAGAUAGAGAACAAGAAUUUAAAAGAAAGGCUGAGGAAAUAAAAAAAUGGAAUUUAAUACAAAGAUACAAACAAGAUGAAAUGAACAGAGUAGCUGAACAAGACGAGAAGAAGAAUCACAGGGAAACGUGUCAAUCAGUCCGACGAAACUAUGAUGAACAAAUGGUGGAAUUUAAUAAUGAAAUGGAAAGGCAAAAGCAAGAAGAGCUAGACAAUUUACGAAAAAUUAAAGAAAAAUGGAAUGCUGAAGACAAAGAAUUCCUUACUUAUUCUAAAGAUGUCAUUGAAGAAUCAAGAGCAAAAAAACGGAAUCUGAUACCACUGGAGAGAGUUGUGAAGGCAUACAAAAAGAAGAAUCAACUUGUGAGUAUCCAGAGAGAUGAUCCGCUGCAAAGAUCACGUGUUCCUUUUGGACCUCAGUACACUUUUGAGCCAGAGCAAAAAACAUUUUUAAAGGAGGAGUCCAUAGUAUAGUAAAGUUUAGUCUGUUGCCAUUGACAAAUAUAAAAUAGUUGGCAUAUAUUACUUUGAAAUUUGUCCUGUUAAAUCAUUCAAAUGAAGAGUAUGUCUUCAUAGUAUUAAUAAUAAUAAUAUUUUGUGGUAUUGUCAUUAUAUCAUUCAGUGAAACUGAUUUGUAUGCCUAUUAAACAUUUAUGAACAUAAUUUCUUUUGUAACUGAAAUAAUUUUCUUGCUGAGAUAAAUGCUAAAAGUGACAUGGUACGUGUAUAACAACAGGUUACUUGUAGACUCAGAUGUACAUGUAAUAGUAAUUCGCUGAGAAGAACACAUUGUUACAGUUAAUUCUUCAGACUUUUGAUGUAAGAAUUUAGCUUUAUUUGAGUGAGAAAAAAUAUUUUUAUUUAAUGCAUUAUUAAUUAAAGCAUGCACAGAGGCAUUUAAACAAUCAUUCUUUCUGUGUUCCAUAUGUGAAUGGAAAAAGGAAGAAACCCUAAUAACUGGUAAAAUAGGAUGUAUCCUUUGGCAUUCACAUCAUAGUGGCUUGCUGAGUAUAGGUGAUGUAGAUGCAGACUCUUUUCUGUGACAAUGAUUUGUGGAGGUAAUGAUACAGGAAUGUAUUGAAACAAUUUAGUCAUCAAAAUAUAAUGCUUUACAUGUAUGAAUUUACAUACUGGCUA